AAUGCGCAAAACCGAUGAUGGUGGUGGAAGUGGUCGUCUAUCGAGUUCGUGUUCAUCGAUCCGUAGUUCCAACUACUCAAGAUCCUAUACUCCAAGCUUCAACACCUUCAAAUACUCUCCAUCAUCAUACACACCCAACAUCUCACGUAAUCUGAACACAACGUCCACUGGGUCGACGACAUCUGAUACUCCGAAACUGUCAUCGUCGUCGGCCCCACGUUCGCGUCUAUCCUUCACCACACCAUCCUCAACUUCUACAAAUCUUCCGCGAACAAGCAUCACAUCUCACAAGACUUUGUACAGUAGUCCUGCUGCUGCACGUGUCUCCGUCUCCACAAAUGAUAGUCUCUCACAUUCGACACCACACAAUACAUAUCGAGGAAUCUCCAAGUACAGUACCAUCGAACGAUCUACUGUUGCAGACACAAAACCGUACUAUUCGUCUGCCACAUCAUCACUUUCAAGUACUUAUGAUAGUAGAAGACACUCAAGAAGCGAUAGAAUAUCUUCAUCCACAUUGCCUGAUGUGAAGAUUGAAACUGGUCCGACUACGAGGACCCACAUGGUGCAUCCAACAUCUUCUCAUAUCAGAAGCCGAUCGUCAUAUGGCCGCUCCAACACUGUCUCAAUGUUCGCUCAACAAGCUCGAGAACGCGCAGACCGAGAAGAGAAGGAUCGAGAUUACAAGGAAUGGAUGCAAAAGGAGAAGGAUCGAGAGACAGAACUAGGUCUGGAAACUCUUUAUCCAACUACAUCAUCCUCCUCAUCGGCUCAAUCUUCUGCUCAAUCCGAGUUCCGUAGAUCAGUUGCCCCUUCACCCACAUCCACAUCUACAACAACUCCAUAUCGUUCAAAUCGGUACUCAUCAGCAACACGUGGUGGCAACAGUUCUUCAGCAGCUCCUUUGGAUGAUAUCAUGUCAACCUCGUAUUCCAGUGUCGCAGCAACUCCUCCACCAGCGUAUUCUCAACUUUCCACGUCGACAUCUACCCUUUUAAGAACAAGAAGAGAACGUCUGGAACGAGAAGAAGAGGGAAGGAAUUCAUCGUCAAUGACACCUCAACCACAAUCUCUUGUUCCACCUCCACCUCCUCCACCGCCACCACCGCCAUCAGCGGCCUCCAACGGUAGAAGUGGGUACCUUCCAAGAAGUGUGUCAGCAGCAGUGAUAUCGUCAGCAUCGUCGAGUUCGGUGUAUAAGCCAACAGCGAUGGUUCUCCCAUACGAAGAGGAUCGUGAAAAAGUUUGUGUCGUUGAGCAAGGCUACACUGGUCUCCGAAACAUUGGAAACACAUGUUUCAUGAAUGCAGUACUCCAGAUGCUUGUCAACAAUAUUGAACUCCGCGAGUACUUCCUCCGUAACCACUAUCAACCCGAGAUCAACGAGACGAAUCCACUCGGAUCAGAAGGUCGUUUGGCAAAAGCAUUUGCAGAUUUCAUGCACCAAAUGUGGAGUGGGCAUCAGAAGGCCAUCGAGCCAACGCAGAUCAAGAAUAUCGUUGCCGAGAAGGCAUCACAGUUUGCCAAUUUUGCACAACACGAUGCACAUGAAUUCCUCUCGUUUCUGCUAGAUGGACUACACGAAGACGUGAAUCGAGUGAAGAAGAAGCCACUGACAGGGACGGUUGAAAGUCAUGGAAGACAUGAUCUUGACGUGUCGAAUGAAGCAUGGAAAAAUCAUAUUUUAAGGAAUGAUUCCAUUUUUGUGGAUUUGUUUCAUGGACAGUUGAAGAGUCAUGUACAAUGUCCAAAUUGUGAUAGGGUCUCCAUCACAUUCGACCCAUUUGUCUAUCUUCCUGUACCAUUCCCGAAGAACAAACAGUCAACGGAUCUCAUCUUCUGGCCACUGGAAAACCAGACAAAGCCUUACAAACUAACAGUCAGCUACUCCACAGAAGGAACUGUCGCCGAUUUUCUAUCAGUUGUCAGUGAAACUGUUCGAGUUCCGACGAGAAAUCUUCGAGCGUGUGAAGCAAUUUGUCAUAAGUUUGACAAAAUCUACAGUCUGGACAUGAAAGUUUCUGAUAUCGUUUCACCGGAUCGUUUGUUCGUUUUUCAAACUCAUGAUGAAAUGGAAUUCAAUGAGGAAAUUGUGAUUCUUCAUGUGCUUCAACGAGAAUUAUAUCGAAAGAAUACGAAACAUGCUUGCCAUGAGUGUGGAAAUUCAAAGUUGAAGCUGAAGGCUUGUGAAGAGUGUUAUGAUGCUGUCUAUUGCUCCAAAGAGUGUCAAGUUGCAAACUGGUCAACUGGAGGGCACCGUGAAGAGUGCUCAAAACGGAAGCCAAGUGAGACAGUCGGGCAUCCGUUAAUCGUUUCCCUUCCAAGAUCCCAGCUAACUUAUCAGCAUUUGUAUAGAGUUCUGGAGGCAAAAAGUCGGCAUACUGUAACUUUAUUCCAACAGCCUCAAUAUGAAAGUGAAGGUAGCGAAGGAGAUUCACUGCAAGCUCCAUCUAGGUCCAUCAAGAAAAGGAAUGGAGUUGGAGCACCACCGACAUUCCUUCAGCCACCAGGAGAAUCAUCCAGCUCAUCCAGUGUAUCAUCAACUCCACGAAGAAGAAGUGUGGCAGCAGAGCCAAGGACCAAAAAUCAGAAAAUGUUUGAAAUUAGGAAACUAUCCGGCCAAAAUGAUUCCUUUGGCAGUCACAGUAUUAGCGAUGAUGAAGCAUGUCAGAGUUUGGAGUCAGGAGGAUAUGUGUCAGUUAACUGGAUCAAUCAGAGAAAUGGAAAGCCAUAUAUUACAAUUGAAAAUCGUAAAGAUAUUGAUGUAGAUGUGGAGAAGAGUAGACAAAUGAACUCCAGGAACAUGAAUGGUUAUGUGAAGAGUAACAAUUCGGAGACGAAUCCACAUCUCACACAAAUGCUUGACUUGUUCUCGGAAACUGAGAGGUUGAAACCAGAAGAGAGUUGGUAUUGCUCGACGUGCAAAGAGAAUGUGGAGGCUACCAAGAAGCUUCAGUUGUAUAGGUUGCCGCCUGUUCUGAUCAUUCAGUUGAAGAGAUUCGUCUAUACAGCAUUCACUUAUCAAUCAUCAAUGGCUCGUCGAAGCAAGGACACCCGAUCAGUUGAGUAUCCAUUGGAGAGUCUUGAUAUGUCUCCGUUUUUAGCAGAAACAUCUCCACAUCCUAAUUCAACGAUGUAUGAUCUAACGGGAGUAGUAUGCCAUAGUGGAAACAGUUACUUCGGUCAUUAUAUUAGUAUGGGUCGACUCGCCGAUUUUGAUUCGUCGAAAACGAAAAUCGAAUGGAGGAAUUUCGAUGAUUCGACGGUGGCUCGGCAGUCUACGAGCACUUUACAAACGGAGGAUGCUUACUUACUCUUCUAUAAAAUGAGAGAUCAGAAUGUGACGAGGAGUAUAUUCAAACGCCACUACUCGUGUGAUCCUGGAGCUCCAGAAGAAGUCAAAAUUUAGUCAUUUUUCUAGAUUUUCAUAAAUUCAUCAAUUUUUUUUUCCACGUGUUGUUCAUUGUCUUCAUUUCUUUCAAAACCUGUUACCAUGUUUUUAGAUAUUACAUCUUUGAUUUAAUAUUUAUAUAUUUUUCAUUAAUUUUCCUAAUUUUAUUGAUUAUUAAAAUAACAAUUGUUUGAAUCCACGGAGACCGGUUUCAGUUUUUUUUUUGUUCCCCGAAGAGAAUAAAUUAAUUUCAAAAUUAAA